UGCUGGCAGCAGAAGCAGAGGUUCAUUUCAUCAGUUCUUGCUGUUGUUCUGUUUGCACUACUAGAUCAUUAGCUCUGCUCAUUGCAGCCAUGGAGGGUGUAGCUAAGAGAUACUGCCUCGCUAUAUCACUCAUCUUCUUCCUGCUUCUUGUUCCAACUGUCCAUGGAGCAAUCAAUAGUACAGAAGGCGCCGGCGGUGAGACGGUGGCAGCAGUGAGGACGGCCGCCGCCGGCGGCGGCCAUGGGCACGGAUACACGAGCCACCGGUCGCACAACCCCAACAACCCCGAGAACGGCGGCUCCGGCACGCCAGUGGUGGACCCACACAACGUCGCCGCCAGGGGCCACCACCACCGUGGCGCGGCAAGCAGGACGGCCGCCGGCGGCGACCCUCUCCUGGCAACAUGGAUGCUUCUUGGAGCAACCCUCUUCCUGUGGGUUCUUGGCUAA